GCGUCGUGCGUGCCCGCGUAGCCGUGCCCGUGCGCUCCCAGGGUGCGCGCAGGACCCGUCCCUACAGCAGCAGCAGCAGCAGCAGCCGCGUAUCCAGCCGUGGAGCCGGGAGCGUGGAGCCGAGAGGAGCGCAGCGAGAGAGCGACAGAAGAUGGACGGAGUGGGAUCGUUCGGAGCGGGCCGGGCCGGGACCACCAUCGACCCGAUUGUCUUCGCCAAGCAGCCGCAGACCAUCCUCAGAGUGCUGUCCUGGAUAUUCUCCCUGGUCGUCUUCGCCUCCAUCGUGAACGAGGGCUACGUCAACAUGGGCAGCGAGCGCCUCCACUGCGUCUUCAACAAGAACGCAGACGCGUGUAACUACGGCGUCUUCGUGGGCCUGGUGGGCCUGCUGGCGUGCUCCUUCUUCUUCCUGCUGGACUACAAGUUCUCCUCCAUCAGCUCGGUGAAAGACAGGAAGAAGGCCGUGAUGCUCGAGAUCGGCUUCUCAGGUUUCUGGGCCUUCCUGUACUUUGUAAGUUUCUGCUUCCUGGCCAAUCAGUGGUCGCGAACCACUCCCGACGAGCUGCCACUCAACCAGGGGGCAGACGCAGCCCGGGCCGCUAUUGCCUUCUCUUUCUUCUCCAUAAUCACCUGGGCUGGUUUGACAGUGCGUGCGGUCCAGAAGUACCUGCUUGGCACCGACAUGACCCUGUUCACCACAGAGCACGUGGGCGACGGCGCGCCUGCCCAGCCGUACCCCCCCAACGCACCAGGGGGCACCACCACCACCGAGACCACAGAGACCUACCAGAGCCCACCGUUUACUGAGAACAAUGCAGCGCCCACGUACCAGGUUCCCAUUUACUAGAUGAGAUAGAGCAGAUUGCAGAAGCGAAAGACGGGGAGAGGGACACGGAAUGAGAGGAGGGUGGAAGAAAAUCGCUUUCCGUGACGUCGUUGUUCAUCCGCUGAUCCGAGCUGAGUUUAGAGGUGUAGUGGAAAAGUGGCCUCCUCCCCUCUGUCUCCUCUUCUUCUUUCCUUUCCUUCCUUUACAUUCCAACUGUAUCUGCGCUUUGUACAACUUAACAAGUGGAAGUGUUCGAUUCCUACAGAUGUGUUUUUUUUUUUUAGCAACUGCAGUGUCUUUACAAAAGAGCAGGUGAGGGCGAGCGAACAAGGGGAGGAAACACAGGAGACGAGACCACUUUGCAGCAUUCAAUCACUUCCCUGUUUCCACCUUGCAAAAAAAAAAAAAAAAAGACAAGUAAUUAUCAGCGAUGUGAAUCCACCACAAAUCAGUUCUAGAUCAGUAAAUAUAGAGCAGGAGGCACUCACAUGCUCCACAUUAAUACUAUUCAUGCCAAUUGUUUAAUUCAUUCAGUAUCUUGAAGAAAUGUCCACGUUUCCUUUAAUGCCAAACACAAUGGGGGAUGUCUUAGAUAAGGUACGCUCUGGUUGUUUAAUCCCUUUCCCCUGCUGCAGUUUAAAAGUGAUACUUACAUUGAAUCUGCAUGUUUCUGAACUUAGAGAUCAACUAAGUGCCAUACUGUACUGUGUGUCUCAGACAGUGACUUAAUCUAGUAGAUUUCCACAUGCUGUAAAGAAAAAAAAAAAAAAAAA